CUAUGGGAUAAGCAAGUCGCUCAGAGAUGAGUAUCUGUGCAAGCGGCUAUGGUAUAUAAUAUUAUACGAAAGUCUGAAGAUCCGUCGUGAGCUGUGACAGCUAGUCUUGGCUGCAUUUAAAUUCGGUUAUCACAGGCAAAGCGCUGCUAGUGGUGUAUCCAGAGAGGUGACAAGAUGGCAGACACAGAAGUAACAAGAUUUCCGUUGGUGCCAAAAAUUGUAAAUGGAGGAAUUGCUGGAAUAAUUGGAGUUUCAUGUGUUUUUCCGCUUGAUCUUGUCAAGACACGUCUGCAGAACCAGCAAAUAGGUCCCAAUGGAGAACGUCUAUAUAGUUCAAUGUUGGAUUGUUUCAAAAAGACGUACAAAGCAGAAGGUUACUUUGGCAUGUACAGAGGAUCAGGAGUAAACAUCCUGUUAAUAACACCUGAGAAGGCAAUUAAGCUUACAGCCAAUGAUUUCUUCAGACACCAUUUAUCUCCAGGAGGAGGAAAGAAAUUGCCAUUGGGACGUGAGAUGCUGGCUGGCGGUCUAGCAGGCCUUUGCCAAAUAAUUAUUACAACACCAAUGGAGUUACUAAAAAUCCAGUUACAGGAUGCAGGAAGACUUGCAGCUCAUGCAAAAGAAGGAGGAAUAGCUGUACCAAAAAUUUCAGCUACAGCUAUCACAUUAGAACUGCUGAGAACAAAGGGCAUAAUUGGAUUGUACAAAGGUGUUGGUGCAACAAUGCUACGAGAUGUAUCUUUCUCUGUUAUUUAUUUUCCACUCUUUGCUCAUUUAAAUGCACUUGGUCCAAGGAAGAGUGAUGGUUCAGGUGAAGCAGUAUUCUGGUGUUCAUUUCUUGCUGGUUGUGCAUCGGGUUCAUUAGCAGCACUUGCUGUUAAUCCAUUUGAUGUUGUUAAAACUAGACUGCAACUGCUGAAGAAAGCUGAAGGAGAGAUGGGAUAUUCUGGAGUUCCUGAUGCGAUAAUAAAAAUACUCAAGAAUGAAGGUCCUCUUGCAUUUUUCAAAGGUGGUGCCUGCAGAAUGAUUGUCAUUGCACCACUGUUUGGAAUAGCACAAAUGGUGUAUUACCUGGGAGUUGCAGAGUACAUAAUGGGCAUCAAACGAUAAGACAAUAUUCUUAUUCCCAACUGAAAUGACAAUAAUAGAAUAACUUUUAUGUAAUAUGUGUAUUGACGACCCUGCUUUACAUGGAAACACUGCCAUUUCUAUUUACAUACAGUACUUGAUCUUACUCACCACUGCAAAUGUUUAUUUGUUUCACAAUAAAAUAACUUUCAUGUGAUUCCAGAAUUGCUUUUGCUAAAUGUUUCAAACAGUGAAUGCUUUAAUGUUUUAAGGAAGUGUUGGAGCAGAAUAUGUUGUGUGAAUACUUGCGAGCAUAGGUAAAUGUGUCAGUAUCUCUAAGUAAAUACUUAUUAAAUAUUUUUAAAUCACAAUCUCCAGAAGUGCCUAUCGGCCUGCUCCACAAUAUUCUGUAUUUUCAUUGGUUCUAUAUGUAGGAGAAGAGAAUAAUAGAAGUAAAGUCAAAUGAAAAGAGCAAGUGACAAGAGAAAGCAGGAACAAUUCAGCAAAAAAGGCAGGAAUGGUUUGAAGAGUUGCUAUUUCCUUCAUACUUCCAUUAGAUAGAUUUUUGGGUAUAGCUCAAAGCCACUAUUAUGAAAGACAAUAAGUAUACACUUCAGUGUUUAAUUGUAAUGGGAAGAAAUUUUUAAAAAAAAUUGUACUAAUAGACGAAGACAAAUGUUGGCAGUGUGUGUUCCAUGUAGCAGGGUGAAUCCAUUCAGUGUGUUCCUUAGUAUUGUUAUGAAAUAAUCUUAAUGUUUGUGUAAUGCAUGUAUGUAUGAUGAUGAAAAUGAUU